AUGCUCCGCAUUGCUGACAACUAUAAUUGCUUGAUGCAGCAGUACCUCCCAACCCUGCUGGGUGUGCUGAGCUUGCCGGCGGCCGCUGCGGCUCCGCCGGUGCUGCCGGUGCCGCCGGUGCCGGGCAGCCCGCUGUCGGACAGGGAGUACCAGCAGUUCUUCGCCAAGCUGCACCCGCCCUGGCAGGCAAACAUGUUCUGCCUGCUGCGCCAGGCCUACGGCUGCCUCAACCACGACAUCCUGCGCCUGGACCAGGAGGAGAACCACGGAGAAAUCCCCGAAGGGCCGAUCUGCACUGAAUUUCCAGAGGUGGUGCAGUUCCAGACCUUCUGCCAGUUUGCCCAGUAUCGCUGCCUCAAACAGCAGUUCUUCGUCAAGCCACCCUCGGCCGCUCCAUCCCUCUGUCUCACCACUCAGAAGAGGGCUUUUCUGUCACCUGCUGAUGCCCUGCUGCAGGACAAUGUGGAAGGCCUUCUCCAGUUCUCUCGUGCUCUGUUAGGUCAGAAACCAUGGCAGACAAAGCACCCCACAGCCACGCCAAAGGUGCCCACACCCCGGCAGAAGAGCAGGACUACGCGCCCACCGACUCCCUGGGCUGCCACCUCACCUUCCAGGGUGGAAUCCCCGGAGGAGCAAAGCCUGAGGAAAAGCAUCUGGCAGCUGAUCCAUUCAGCCCUCUCCUUGGAUGCGUCCUUGGAGACCAAGAACUCCUCUUGGAACCUCACCAGCUUGGGCCCAGGACACACAAUGAAGUCGGAAAUCCCCCCCCGAGGCAGCCUUCUAGCCCUGCAGAACGAUGAGGCAGUGCUGAUCCUGUGCUACGCAGUGCUGGAGGGAGAUUGCCUCUCCUCGAUGCUCGCCAUGGCCUGGAAGGAGAUGGAGAAAAAAAACUUUGAGUUCGGAGACUCGGUUUGUGACAACCUUGGGCGGCACCACUUGGACCUGUGCCCUGCCUGUGCUUUCUGCUCGCUGAAGAGGGAGCAGUGCCAGAACAUCAAGACCCUGAACCGUGUUCACUGCAACUCGGGCAGCUUCUCCACCUACAUCAACCCUCAGAUCUCGGCCCAGCUGGGGGACGAGGAGGGCAAGCCCAUGUCCUCAGAGACCCUGGAGGGCUACAACAUGGACUUUUUGAGAGGGAUGAGGUUGGAGUACUGGUGCAGCCAGAUGGCCAUCUAUGGCUGUAAGGAGCCUGCUGUGACCCUCUGGCUGAAGGCAGAGUAUGAAGCCUUCCAAAACGGGGAUGGCUCAGGAAAGAUCUGUGACUCGAGAGGAAAUCAGCAUCCCAGCUACUGCAUGUUCAAGAGCUACCAGUGCCUCCUGAAGAGCAUCUACAACCAGAGGGUGGCUCCCAUGGAAUGCAAGCCUUACAAGAGCUACAGGGUGCUGAGUGCAAAGGAGGGAGACGAGGAGGUGCAGCUGUGGCAAGAGAUAUUCCACAGCCUCUCCAAGCAGAAAUCUGAAAGUUAA